AUGGCCAACGCUUCCAACAUAACUUCUCGAUUUGGUAGUACGUACGUACGUAAACGGUGGAUUGAUUGGCAGGUACGUAGCGUAGCAGUUACGGUUCAAAAUCCUAGUACGUCUGUACUUCUCACCAACUGUAUUAACGUAGUAUGUCUCCCAGCUUGCUUAAUUCACUCUCUACAACCUUAUGACAAGGCUCUCUUACAGUCGCAGCUUGUAGAGGGUAUACAGAGGAAAUCGAGGGCGAUUUUGAAAAGUCCGACUGAUCAGGAUGAGGUGCUACAGACUGUAGAGUUUUACGCGAUUGUUGAAAACCUCCCAAAAUAUGACCUCUCAGUCCCGUACUACGGUACGUACCCGGCAAUUCACUGUCCGUACAGUACGGCUCCAAAAACGACUACGUUUGUACGGCUCACCGUUGCGCAUGGCUCACACCAUAGUCGCAUGCAUUCUCACGAUGGUCUCAUUGGUUCAUUCGUGUUCGAUGCAUGGUGUUGGGUUGUUUUUUUUGAUUGUCCUCCUCCCUCUUGCCUCGAGGUUGUAUCAGCUUUGACAAAGGGUUUCACAGAAUUCAAAACGCUCUUAGACCGCCAAAACUGUCUUACGACGGGCGAGUUUCUGAAAAGCAUUAAGAUGAGGAGUGCCCUAUUGAUAUCUAACGGCAACUGUUUUGCUGGUCAGACAAAAAUCUUCAUUAACAAAGCGAGACUUCUAGAAAUACUCCCAGGGUUAGCUAGAUCAAACAACAUACAAUCUAUGGUGUGCUUGCACAAGACCGCAAGAGGAACUGGCUUUGUUGGACCUGAAUUCCAACUAUACAUCGGAGUAAUAUGA